AUUUAACUCAAUUCGGUAUCAUUGUAUUUGGUCAUGAGGUACGUUUAAUUAAAUCGAAUGAACAACCUUGGGAUGUAGCAACUAUUUAUACACUUUUAAAUGAACUUCGUUUCGAUCAAGAUGAAGAUACGAAAGAUGCAGAUGCUAUUGAAGCUGCUAUUGAUUUACUUAGUCAAUGUUCUACACGAGGUGAAAAGAAAAUAUUUAUAGUUACAGAUGGUUAUAGUAAUUGUGGUAAUCGUCUUGCUAUGGUACAACAACGUGCUGAAAAUAAUGGUAUUGAUCUCGUAGCUAUGGCUAUUGGUAUUGAUUCAACUAAUCUUCAAUUAGUUUAUAAACGAUAUUUGCAAUGUACUACUGUUCGUGGAUUAUCAAAAGCUUUACGAGCUUUAUUUGAACAAGAAGCACAAAUUGUUUUGUCUGAAUGGGCACCAAUAGAAAAUGAUAAAAAACAAGUUACUGAUGAUAUGAAAGAUACUAUAUCUAAAGAUAAUCUUUUCGAAGAUAUUUUUUCAAAUAAAGCUUUUAAUGAUAUGAUCAAAGAAUUGGCUGAUGAACGCGAGUUAAUGUUAUUACAAAAUGGUCAACCACCAUCAAAUAUAACAAUUGAUAUUUGUUUUUGUCUUGAUUGUACUGGUAGUAUGUCACGAUGGUUAGCAGCAGUUAAAGGUCAAAUGAAAACUAUUAUGGAAGGUAUUCAAGGUGAAGUUAAAGUAAAAUAUCCAUCACUUAAACUUCAACUACGUUUUGCUAUUGUUGCUUAUCGUGAUUUGAAAGAUAAGCUACCAAUUAUGAAAAUAGAUUUUACCGAAAAAACCGAUGAUGUAAUGACAUUUUUAAAUAAAAUAACUGCUAGUGGAGGUGGUGAUAUUCCAGAAGAUGUACUCGGUGCACUUGAUACAUGUUUAACAUUGAAUUGGAGUAAAACAAAUGCUCGAUUCAUUGUACUUAUUACUGAUGCACCUGGUCAUGGACCAGAACUUAAUCAUGAUCUUACAAAUGAUCACUAUAGUAAAGGAAACGGUAAACAUACAUUGACGGGUAUAUGUGAUCGUCUAUUGAAAAAAAAUGAAGAAAUCGAUCUUAUGUUUUGUGUUAUUAAACCAAACGCAACGGCUAAAAUGAGGGAUGCAUUCAAAGCUCAAUAUAAAAGUAAAGCAAGUGAUGCUGGGAGAGCAUUCAAAGAAAUUUUAUUAUUUGAUACUAAACAACAGAAAGUUCAAAAUAAAGAAAGUGAUGCUAAAAGAGCAUUCAAAGAAACAGUGUCAUUUGAUACUGAACAACAUGAAGCUCAAUCAUAUCAUUUUGUUUUUGUUCUUGAUGAAUCAGGUUCAAUGAGCCCACAUUGGAACAAAUUACAACAAGCAUACAACAAUUUCUUAACACGACGUAAUGAUGAUCAAGGUGAAGAUGAUGUCAUUACUGUUGUUCAGUUCGAUAACAGUGCACGUACGAUUUGUUCGAGACAAAAAGUUAUUGAUGCUCCUCGUACACUUUCCAUUCAUGGUGGUGGUACAGAUUAUGCACAAGGUUUGAAAGAAGCGACAAAAGAAAUCGAGAAAGAUAAAACAGAAGCAUCAAUUGUCAUGAUUUUUAUGUCGGAUGGUGCUGAUUGUGGUUAUGGUAAUCCCGAAAAUAUAAUUAGUCAGUUGAAAUCAAAAUACAAAAAAGAUCAUAAUUUUAUUUGUCAUACGAUUGGUUUCGGUGAAGGUAUUCAAAAAGGAAGUGAAGAAGAGAAAAGACUUGACCAAAUGGCAAGCAAUGGUGGUGGUAAAAAG